AUGGAAGGAGGAGAGAGAAAGAGGACAAAGCUAGACCUAGAUUGGGGAAAGCUCUUGUCUGAUCAUAUAGAUGAGGAUGAGGAGCCUCCGACGGUAAUGGUGGUUACAAACACCGGUGCGGCAGCGGAGAAAUUGAAAUCGGCGGCGAUGGAUGACGAACAACAACAGAACGGGUUUAAUCAUAUGAACGACAGAGAACUGAAUGACGUGCUUGAAAGGAACAUACAGAAUCUUAAAAGUCUCGGUGACAGGUUGCCGGAUAAAGGCCAGAAGCUUAGGGCCAGUAUCAAGCGCCUAGAGGAGGAGAUAGAGCGAAGGCAUCACCAACGAGCUGAGAAGGAUAAUGAAGGGUGUGAAAAGGGCAGACAAUCACGGAUCCCAAGUUUGGUUUGUGCACAUGAUGGCUCCAAACAAGGGGAUCUAUCAUCUCUACCAUCUUCACGGUCUGCAUUUGCCUCAUAUCUUCGCAUAAAGAAAGAUGAAAAUAUGGAUUCUAGGACAGUUGAUGCCUUUGAAAAAGAGUUUGCGUAUGUUAAACCCUGUGAGCACCGGAAAGUGGGACAUAACAGGCAAUAUUCAUCAAGGGGAAGACCCAAGAAUAGGUUUUCUUUAAUAAAAAAACCUUCUCAAUGCCCUAGCAGUCUUUCCAUGGGUGCUGAUAAACAUCAUCUCUCAAAUGGUGAUCAAAAGGGCAUGGGUUCCUCUACUUGUUCAAGUCGUGUCUUUCAGGAGAAUUUGUCUGGUUGUUUAUCAAAGAAGAGAAAUGCUUCUCAAGUUCAGCCUUCAAAUGAGUUGAGGCUGAGGAAUGGACAUUCUGUUGUUCUAGUGGAUGAGGAGGAACCUCAGCUUGUUGGAACAACAGAGCAAGCAGACAGAAUAGAUGAAUGCAUGAAAGAGACUAAGAUCUACUAUCCAUCAAGGGAUGACCCAGAAUCAGUUGAAAUUGUUUACUCAGACAUGGACUGCCUUGCUCCUGAAGCUUAUCUCUCAUCGACCAUUAUGAACUUUUACAUCCGAUAUCUGCAGCAGCCAACAUCUCCCACAAAUAGGACAGGAUGUGAUUAUCAUUGUUUUAAUACUUAUUUCUACAAGAAGCUGAAAGAGGCUGUAAUGAAGAAGCCGAGUGACAAUGAAAAUACAUUUGAAAAGUUCAGAAGGUGGUGGAAAGGUGUCAAUAUAUUUGAGAAAACUUAUUUACUCCUUCCAAUACAUGAUAACCUUCAUUGGAGCUUGGUGAUAAUAUGCAUCCCAUACAAGGAAGAGGAAGCAGGGCCAAUUGUACUUCAUUUGGAUUCACUAGGACUUCACUCUAGAAAAUCAAUUUUCGAGAACAUUAAAAGCUUUUUGAGAGAAGAAUGGAACUAUCUGAAUAAAGAAGAAGCUCUUUCAGGUCUUCCUAUUGCUGAUAAGAUCUGGAAAGAUCUUCCACAUAGAAUCAAUGAGAAGACAAUUGAGGUUCCACAGCAGAGAAAUGAGUAUGACUGUGGUGUGUUUGUUCUCUUCUACAUGGAACGCUUCUUACAGGAGGCUCCUAAAAGGAUGAAAAAGAAUGAUUUAGCAAUGUUUGGCAAGCAUUGGUUUGGCCCUGAAGAACCCUCUCGUCUGAGAGGGACAAUCUGGAGUUUACUCAGGGAGGAAUUCAAGAAUGCAAUUGACAAUAUACGUGGUUUGAAUCCUUAGCCUUGUUCUCGGGGCUCCUACUGGAAGCAUAUAGCACAAAAUUAUCAAUAUCCUCGUACUACAACAGUUACUCUGAAAUUUUGAAGUCGGGUACCUGGGUGUUCUUAUCUCUGUACAGCUCAUAUGGUUACCGUUGACAACAAAAUACCUCAUCUCACUGGUUUGAUGUUCCAAU